AUGCCCGGGCAAAGAGUCCUGGGGGGUUCCCGGGAGGCCGGCGCGGCCCUGCCGAGGAUACAGCUAAAAUGGAUCCUCUCCCUAGAUCUCGAGUCGCAGGUGAAGAACGCCAAGAGGGACCUAGCGAACGGCUACGUGUUCGCCGAGAUCAUAUCUAGGUACCAUCCCGAGGAAAUUUCCUUGCACAGCUUCGACCCGGCGGCCUCGAGCGUUGCCAAGAAGCGCGACAACUGGGGCCAGCUCGUCAAGUUCUUCAAGAGGAAGAAAUGGGAUAUCAGGGCCAGGGAGUGGGAACAGGUCAGCGCCAUGGAGAGCGGCGCGGCGCAGGAGCUGAUGGAUAAGAUCUUCAAGUAUCUCGGCGGGACGCUGGGUACUCCCGUGGUUUCCCCAACCUCCAGCGCUCGGCCCUCCGAUAACUACGAGGCUGGUCCCAGUGGGAUGGCACCCGGCGCGGCGCGCGCUCACAGCCACCACUCUCACCAGCAGGCCGUACCGCAGCGAGCGCCCGCGCCCGUAUCGUACGGUCAGCCCGGGGCGCAGCAACCGUCGUACGGCCAGCAGGUGGCGCACGGCGGCGGGAGGCCCUCGGUGAUGGACAUCAUGGAGGCGGGACCGAGCCAGCCGAGCGCUGAUCCAAUCAACGAUCUCUUCGGUCGGUUCGCGGGCGACGACGACGACGACCACGACAACGAAAACGACGAUCCGGGGCCGGGACCGCCCCUCGCCGCGCGCGUCGUCAAUCCCGGGCGGGUCCCGGUUUCCGAUGCACCCGCGCGGCCCGCGUCCAUCGGAAACAGCCGCGGGUCCCGCUCCCGCAAGCCAAUCGCUUCGGAUCGGCGCGACGCGGUGGACACAGGAGGCGGGUUCGGUUUUGGCGACGGCGGGUUCCGUCCGUACGAGCCAAAGCCCGGCGGGUUCGACUGGGAGGCGUACCAGCGCGAGUACAUGCAACCGAGGCUGCGGACGCCGAGCCCCGAGCCCGAGCCGGAGCCCGAGCCGGAGUACGAGCCCGAAAUACCCGAAUACCAUCACGAGCCUGAGCCCGAGCUGGAGCCCGCGAGGCGUCGCGGCGGCCGGCGGAUGCAGCCGCUGCCGCGGAGCAACCGCGGCCCUGCUCCGCGGGUGACGCCCGCGCGUGAGUCACCUCACCACGGGGGGGCAGGGGGCGGGUACGAGUCCGGGUACUCGCGGGGCGAGUACGAGUCCGGACCGGGCCCCGUUCGCGGCGGCGGGAACGGCGGUUUUGACCCGGGCGCCUCGCUGCUGGACUGGGGCGCGCCACUCCCCGGCGACGACACGUAUUACGGCGGCGGCGAGGGCGACCCGUACGCGUCGCAGUACGCCGGGUACGAGAACGACUACCACGAUGACCGGAACCCGUACGCGAACGAUCCGUUUGGCGACGGUAACGGCGGGCGCAGUCCGUACAACGACCGCGGCGGCUCGCAAAUGAUGAGCAUAAACAAUCACGCGUCGCCGGGGAUGAAGCGGAGCCCGGUAUCGAAGAAACCCCCGGUCCCGAAGAGAUCCGCGAUGAAACAACACAGCGCGUACGGCGGCGGCGGCGGCGGCGGCGGCUACGACGACUACGACGGGUACGGCUACGACGAUCCGUACGGCGGGGGCGCGAGGGGCCCCGGGUAUCACGACCCCCACGCGUAUAGACCCGAUCGAAGGGCCGGUCACGGGAUGGAUUACGAACCCAGGCGACCGGACGACUACCGCCGCAUGCUGGGCGAGAACGGUAAGUACCUCAUGCUGGGCUCGCUGGGGGUGGACACCGACACGGAGGAGCACAGGAAGGCUCGCGCGCGGGCGGAGGCGAUUAAGGAGUUUGACAGGCAAGCUCGCGAGCAGAACAAGAUCCAGGCUGAGAAGGCGCGGGCCAAGAAGGCGAAGCAGCCGCUGGUGUACAGGGAACGGCUGCAGCAAAAAUUCGACAUUAACAGGAGCUCGGACAAGCCGCUGGAUCCCAACGCACCCCCGAGCAAGCGCGACGUCAUGCUCAAGUACGGCAAGACGGUGCCAAAGCCAAAACCGGCGGCGCCGAGGGAGGAGAAGGUUCAACAGUCGGUGCACGAGCACGGCAAGGGACGGGGGUACUCGUCCAGGGCGAACGACUUCGUGGACUACAUGAAUCACCCGGCGGUGCCGGACGAGUCUCAAAUGGCGGAGCUGGAGAGGCUGGAGAUUGAGUACCGCAUUCACCAGGAGAAGCUCGCCGCGCUCAACAUCUUCUGA